AUGAAGGUUCUUCUCCUAUACUUGCUGUACAGUAUUGACGUAUCCUUAGGGAAGCCAACGCACGCAAAUGCUUCGGUAAUCUCAUAUUCUCAUGAAGUUUUUUCUGAUUUGUACCCUAUUGACUGCCAGGAACUCUGGGAUAAAGGCAGGCGCAAAGAUGGGACGUACAUUAUAUAUCCCCAGGGACCCCAGCACGCUGUGCCUGUAUACUGUGACAUGAAAACCAACAACUUGGUAUGGACGGUAUUUCAGAAACGGUUUAAUGGUUCUGUGGAUUUUAACCAAGACUGGGACUCUUACGUAAAAGGAUUCGGAAAUGCAGAUGGAGAAUACUGGCUGGGUCUGUUGAACAUCUACUACUUGACCAUGAAGGGGGACUAUAAUCUGUUGGUACAUCUGGAAGACUUUGAGGGAAACGAAGCCUCUGCUGUGUAUAGCAAGUUCGGCCUCUCAAGAUCAGCCCUAAACCCAGAGCAAGAUGGCUACAGACUGUACGUUAGCGACUUCAUAGAUAAUGGGGCAGGUGACUCUCUAAGCUAUCAUGCAGGACACAUGUUCUCCACUUUUGACAAGGACCAAGAUAACAGCGUGCAGAACUGUGCCAAGUACUGGGGUGGUGGGUUCUGGUACACUGAAGAUGGCUGUGCCAUGGCUGGGCUCAACGCCCACUACGUAACCCCAAAACAAAAUCCUGUUCUCCAUCCAACUUUCUCCUGGAUUCCUUGGGUGGAUUAUCCAGAAGCACUGAAAUCCAGUGAGAUGAAGAUGAGCAGGACCCAAACAAAUAACUAAUAUUUGUGCUUCCUAUAAGCCUUACUACUGCACCGGGGUUGUUCUAUUAACUGGUGGGGUGAGCUCAGGCUGGAGGUAUGAGGGUGGGCAUUGGCUUUUUAAUGGGCAUUUAUCAGGUAUCCGUAUAAACUAAUCUAUUCUGUAUGAUGCAUCUGUACUGAAAUAGUCAAGAUGGCAUCAUGACUGUGUAUAACCCAAGCAUGUAAUAAAUAGCUUUCCUGCA